GGUUAGUCAGAAACGGGUAUCAAUUGGAGCUAAAGGCGUUUGUGAGCAACCCAACCCGGGUGCGGUGAACCGAACUCGGAUCCUCUCGAGAGCAGAGCAUUCGCAGCGCAUGCUCUUGACCCUCCAGUCGUCUUAUCUCCGUCUUAAGGACAGGUCAGGCUCUACUUCCUCCUCAUUCUCUCUGGCUAAGAGGCAGCCGGGACCCAGAUGCUCCAAACCCAAGAAUGACCUGAGCGCACGAGGUACGCGGACAAGCCUCGAGCCUCUUCCGCUGACCCGGAAGGACCUGGAAGUGCCCGAAGGGCCGGAAGUGAUGGCAGCCGCGGUCUCUGCUUUCCUAGCAACCGUGCCGGCUUCUUAGCGACGCAAGGUGGCUCCCGCGUCCCCGGUGCAGCCAUGCCGGUGCGGGUGAGCGAGUUCAGCUGGCAGCAGACACCGGCCGCGAUCUUCCUGUCGCUGCCUCUGCGUGGCGUGUGCGUGCGCGAUGCCGACGUGUUCUGCGGGGAAAGUUACCUGAAGGUCAACUUUUCUCCAUUUUUAUUUGAGGUGUUUCUCUAUGCUCCCAUAGAUGAUGGGAAUAGCAAAGCCAAGAUUGGGAAUGACAUGAUUUUCUUUACAUUGUAUAAAAAGGAACCAGUUAUGUGGGAGACCCUCUCUAUGCCAGGUGUUGACAAAGAGAUGAUGCAGAGAAUAAGAGAAAAAUCUAUUCUGCAAGCACAGGAGAAAGCAAAAGAGGCCACAGAAGCAAAAAGUGCUGCGAAGCGGGAAGAUCAGAGAUACACACUAGGAGUGAUGAUGAAGAUUGAAGAAGAAGAGAGGAAAAAAAUAGAAGAUAUGAAGGAAAAUGAACGGAAAAAAGCAACUAGAGAAUUGGAAGCAUGGAAAGAAUGUCAAAGACAAGCUGAAGAGCAAAAAAGAAUCCCAAGGAAAGAGAAAUGCCAGCGGGGAAGGCAAGCUGAGGAGAGGGGAGCACUAAAGCCCCCCAGUCUGCCCAGGAAGGCCCCGCCCACUCGGCUCCCUGAAAGAGGGAAAAAUUGGGAAAACAUAUUUUCUGAGAAGUUAAAGGAAGACAGCAUUCCUGCACCUCGAUCUGCUGGGAGCAUUCAAAUCAGCUUUACCCCUCGAGUAUUCCCAACAGCUCUCCGGGAAUCCCAAGUGGCAGAAGAGGAGGAGUGGCUGCAUAAACAAGCGGAGGCCCGCAGAGCCCUGAGCACUGAUCUUCCUGAAUUCUGUGACUUGAAGGAAGAAGAGAAGAACCCAGACUGGUUGAAAGAAAAGGGGAACAAAUUGUUUGCAACAGAAAACUAUUUGGCAGCGGUUGAUGCAUACAAUUUAGCCAUACGAUUAAACAGUAAGAUUCCAUUAUUGUAUUUGAAUCGGGCUGCUUGCCACCUCAAACUAAAAAACUUACACAAGGCCAUCGAGGACUCUUCGAAGGCACUAGAAUUAUUGACACCACCUGUUUCUGACAAUGCCAGUGCAAGAAUGAAGGCACAUGUCCGACGAGGUACAGCAUUCUGUCAACUAGAAUUGUAUGUAGAAGGCUUGCAAGAUUAUGAAGCUGCACUUAAGAUCGACCCAGCCAACACAGUUGUACAGAAUGAUGCAGAGAAGAUUCGGAAUAUAAUUCAAGGGACAGCACUGAAGUCUCAUGACUAGAGACAACUAGGUACAGGAGUCACUGUUAGUACUCUAUCACUGUAAAGAGCAAAGUGCCAGAGAUCCUUUGGAAAGGCAGUGCCAGAGGAAUCAUUUCCAUAUCUCACUACCUUUGAUCUCCCAGCAUUGGGAGGCAGAGGCAGGUGGGCUCUGUGAGUUUGCAGCCAGCCUGCCCUACAUGCCCAGCUCCAGGCCAGCCGGAGCUACACAGGGAGAUCCUGUUUCAAAGCAAAGAACUAAACACAGAGAAUGGGCUGGCCUAAUUCUUGAUCUUAGCGCAGGACUUGGACUUUGAUGUUGCUGUCCUGAACUCUCCUUGUUCUUGUAAUUAAGCUGUUGGGGUUUCCAGGAUACUACUGAGGAAUCAACAGAACUUGUACAUUAAAGAUUAUACUUAUAAAGUUUUUAUUAUAUUAAA